ACCACGCCUCGGCGCGGUGAAUUCGUCAGCCAUAUUGACUGGCUCUUCUCCGCUCGCGGGAGGGAAGGAGGCAGGCGGAGGAGUUUCCUCCACGGCGGAGCUCGGUGUCUGCGUCCGGCAAACGGCGUGAAGAAGCACAGGAAGGUGGAAAGCGCUCUAUUUUUACCUCCCCUCCGUGGAUAUAUUUAGGAGCCGAGAGAGGGUGACAGUUGGACAAACCUCCUCGGAGCAGCCAAGGCGUUAGAGGCGCCGGUGCCCCAUAGAGAAGCAGGAAGACGGAGGACGAUUUCUUUCUAUUUAAUCGGCAACCAGGAGAGACGCGAAAGAUGCCUAAACCGAUCAAUGUGCGUGUCACCACCAUGGACGCUGAGCUGGAGUUUGCCAUCCAGCCCAACACAACAGGCAAACAGCUCUUUGACCAGGUGGUGAAGACGGUGGGUUUGAGGGAGGUCUGGUUCUUUGGCCUGCAGUACACAGACAGCAAAGGCUAUGUGACGUGGCUCAAACUAAACAAAAAGGUAACUCAGCAGGACGUCAAGAAGGACAAUCCACUGCAGUUCAAGUUCAGAGCCAAGUUUUUCCCUGAAGAUGUUUCAGAGGAGCUCAUCCAGGAGAUCACACAGAAACUCUUCUUCCUGCAGGUGAAAGAGGCCAUUCUGAACGACGAGAACUACUGUCCUCCAGAGACGGCCGUGCUGCUCGCCUCCUACGCAGUCCAGGCCAAGUACGGAGACUACAACAAAGACAUUCACAAGCCCGGCUACCUGGCGUCGGACCGGCUACUUCCACAGAGAGUUCUGGAGCAGCACAAGCUGACCAAGGAGCAGUGGGAGGACAGAAUACAGACGUGGCAUGAGGAGCACAGAGGCAUGCUCAGGGAGGACGCCAUGAUGGAGUACCUAAAGAUCGCUCAGGACUUGGAGAUGUACGGAGUCAACUACUUUGAAAUCAAAAACAAGAAGGGCACAGAGCUGUGGUUGGGGGUCGACGCCUUGGGCUUAAAUAUUUACGAACACGAAGACAAGUUGUCUCCAAAGAUCGGUUUCCCAUGGAGCGAGAUCAGAAACAUCUCCUUCAACGAUAAAAAGUUUGUCAUCAAGCCCAUCGACAAGAAAGCUCCAGACUUUGUGUUCUACGCCCCUCGGUUGCGGAUCAACAAGCGCAUUCUGGCGUUGUGUAUGGGUAACCACGAGUUGUACAUGAGGAGGAGGAAGCCCGAUACCAUCGAGGUGCAGCAGAUGAAGGCUCAGGCCAGAGAGGAGAAGCACCACAAACAGAUGGAGAGAGCUCAGCUGGAGAACGAGAAGAAAAAGCGUGAGCUUGCCGAGAAGGAGAAGGACCGAAUAGAGCGAGAGAAAAAUGAACUGAUGGAGAAACUGAGGCAGAUUGAAGAGCAGACGCAAAGAGCUCAGAAAGAGCUGGAGGAGCAAACUCGCAGGGCCCUGGAGCUGGAGCAGGAGCGACGGAGGGCGAAGGAAGAAGCCGAGCGGCUGGAGAGGGAGCGGCAGGCAGCGGAGGAGGCCAAGGCCGCUCUGGCCCAGCAGGCUGCAGACCAGAUGAAGACCCAGGAGCAGCUGGCUGCUGAGUUAGCAGAGUUCACCGCCAAAAUCGCUCUGCUAGAAGAUGCGAAAAGGAAAAAAGAAGAUGAAGCUACAGAAUGGCAACACAAAGCUCUUUCCGCACAAGAGGACCUGGAGAAGACGAGGGAGGAGCUGAAGACGGCAAUGACGUCCCCGCCAGCACCCGAACACGACGAACAUGAUGAAACGGCCGAAGAGGGCAGCGCCGAGCUCCCGAGCGACGGGGUCACCAACCACCGCAGCGAGGAGGAGCGCGUCACUGAGGCGCAGAAGAACGAGCGCGUGAAGAAGCAGCUGCAGGCUCUGAGCUCGGAGUUGGCCGAAGCCCGAGACGACACCAAGAAGACUCAGAACGACAUGCUGCACGCCGAGAACGUCCGAGCCGGCAGAGACAAGUACAAAACGCUGCGCCAGAUCCGCCAAGGCAACACCAAGCAGCGAAUCGACGAGUUCGAGUCCAUGUGAGCCCAGAACGACGGCAGACAAAGAGACAGUUUGUCUGGUUGCCAUGUCAACCCCUCCCAUUUCUUUGUAAAAGCCUGUAACCUGCUGCCAGUCCUCCCCCCAUGACAAAAGUAAAGCCGAUACGAAGCUUCGCCAAAGCUCUUCCUGGCAGCAGUCGGUCUGCCGCUGCACCCCCCCGCCCCUAACGAAGCUGCUUCCACAAUCAGGCUCGGAAAAUCACGACACAUCCCUCCUUUGAGCAACGCUAAAUCUUGCAUGGAAGAUUAUGAAAGAAUAAUAAAAACUUUAUAUGAACUUGAAAAUGGACAGGAAUCUUGUGCUUUAACUACAAAAUCAAAUGGCCAUCAGUAGCUGUAGCUCGGUGAUAACGGCAGCAGGCUUUAAUUAUUGUUGUCUUUUUAUUUCUGAUGUUAGGAGCUGAAAAAUUACGUUGUUUUUUUUUUUUUUUUUAUGCCUUAUCUGCCUAAUUUCUUUGGAAUAGUAUUAUGAAUUCCGUUUUGGGACAGUUAAUGUUUCAUCCAUUUUUGUCUUGAAGAAGUUUGCAAAUGCUCUCCGUGUACACGCAAACAGAUAUGCAAGCCAGAUCUGCUUACUUUACUUUCUGUUUCCUCUCUGUCCUUUUCUUUUCAGAUAAAUAUUUUCCCCUUAAUAAAGAUGGAUUUAUAUUUCCAAUGAAGAAGCCAGAGUGUGUUUAAGCUUGACACAAGUGAAAGCCAGUAGAGCCGGUUGUUUAGACAAACCUUUGGAUGUUCCGUGUUUAAACGCUGCUCAGAUAGUGUGUAUCGCUCCUUAAAUAGCCAUUUGUGUUUGUGUUUUCUGCUAAUAAAUUAUCUUUUCAUUUUCUUUGGUCAGC